GUUUAGAGGAGUCUCACCUGAGUCAGUCUCACGGGGCUCCAGCAGGUAAAAGAAGAGAUGGGUCAGGCCCGGUCCUCCUCCGCCCCUGCUCAGGUGAUGCUGAUGGGUCUGGACUCUUCAGGGAAGUCCACGCUGCUGGCCCGGCUGCUGACCGGACAGGUGGUGGACACGUCUCCGACCGUGGGCUUCAACGUGGGGACGUUGCAGCUGGACAAGAAGGUGGAGCUGACGGUGUGGGACAUCGGGGGACAGAGCAGCAUGAGGACCAACUGGAGACACUUCCUGGACGACUGCACGGCCCUGGUCUUCAUGGUGGACAGCAGCGAUGCGGCCCGGAUGCCGGAGGCCCAGAAAGCCCUGAAGAAGCUGCUGAGUGAGGAGAAGCUGCGAGGAGUUCCUCUGAUGGUUCUGGCCAACAAGAAGGACCGGCCCAACUCCAUGACCAUCCGAGAGGUGGCCACCCAGCUGGACCUGUCCAGCUACUCUGAGAGACUGUGGGAGAUCCAGGCCUGCAGCGCCGUGCAGGGUCUGGGUCUGCAGCAGGCCUUCAGGUCCGUCAGCAAGAUGAUCCACCGGAGCUGAGGGGGGUCC